AUGAAAAAACCUUGUGUAAUAACUUCCAGUAAGAAUCUCUUGCUAGUUCAGUCAAUGCUAUUUCCUCCCAACUUUAUAGACUGGCUGGAUGAUGUUCUGAUCCCAACGAACCACAAACGACUCCGGGAAUGUCAUAAUGUUGUUACUGAAGUAUUAGAAAGAAACGAUAUUCCUGUUUUGCCAGGCUGUUCAGGUCUAUUCGUGUGGAUUGAUCUGCGCAAGUAUUUAUAUACACCGACUUUUGAAGAAGAGAAACGUGUUGCAGACAUAUUGCUUGAAAAUGGAGCUUAUAUCAAUGCUGGUCGCGUGUUUAGUUGUGGUGAACCAGGCUGGUAUAGAGUUGUUUUUUCCAGUGAUCUUGCCAUGAUUAAGAUAGGUAAAUACCUCAGCAGCAAUUAUUUAUAUCAUAUAUCAUAA